UGUUGCCUAGAACCCAAGACGAUUCACUUCCGCGGUCACUCCUUUUCACACAGGCCUGCAAUCAGUCUCACCGGAAGCCACUCGCUCUCUCUCUCUCUCUAUAUGUAUGUACAGACACACACAUAAACGCACAGGUGUAGUGCAGGUACUCACAUAAGCACACAAAGGAAGACAUAAUCUGAGAUUUGACUCGACUACUCAGCUAAGCGUUAGUAUGGUUUGCCCUGUUUAAGGAAUGGAAAAUGUGGUAGCAACUGUCAGUGGCUACCAUGGGUCGGAGCGCUUUAACCUUAUAAAGCUGAUCUCUCAUACCGGCGCCAGUUAUGUUGGUGCAAUGUCAAGAUCGGUUACCCAUUUGGUGUGUUGGAAAUUUGAAGGGAAUAAAUACAGUCUGGCUAAGAAAUUCGGGACUGUAAUAGUUAACCACCAGUGGAUAGAGGAAUGUAUAAAACAAGGGAAGUGCGUGCCAGAAGGUCCCUAUCGGUUGCAAAGUGGACACGAAGUAGGGCCUUUGGUGAUGGAUUUCCAACAUGUUGCUGAUGAGCGAGCAUCGAGUAGCAAACAUAAAAUAAUUUCUGCCAAAGCCAGCAUGUAUGAGGAUGAUGAAAAUGAAAAAUCAGAUACAGUUGCUGAUGCUUCUGAUCUUGCUAUUUGGAGUAAUACUUUCUCAUUGGAGAAACUAUCUUGUAAAUCUGGAAAAGCUAGUAGUAGCUCUCAUAAACUUAAGUACAAACCAGUGAAAGAGAGAUCUUCAAGUCGGGAAUACCAGUCAAGCAGCAGAUUUUGGUUUCAGGAUCCUCCUUUAUCUGGACUAGUUGGAUUGGGGAAGCAUGGAGAGUCAAAUACUCGGUCUUCUCAAUCAUCACGGGACAAGAGGAAGAUGGCUAUCGAUGGGAUCCGAAGCCCUUCAUUGGUUUCAAGAAAAGUGAGGAGGCUUGUGAAGAAGAUUGCUCAUAUAGGUACUUCAGAGCAUGAAGCUUCUGACCUAGAGUGCCACCCAAGCAAUGUUCAUGAGAGAAAAAACUAUAUUGGGGCUCUUCAUAAAUACUUAGACUGUGAAAGAGAUGUUGAUGUUGAUAAAACUGGAAGAACAUCUGUUAGUGGUUUCUCGAUGCACGGAAGAACUAUAACUGAAGGUUUUGAUGAUAUUGAAGAGGUUCAAAAUUGGAACCAUUCACUUGCUUUGGGAAUUUCAAAUUUACAUGCUGAGGUUGCAUCGCCUUCUAUCUUACCUUCACAAGACUGUAGCACUAAUACUGAGAACAGAGAUGGAAGUAUGGAAGAUGUCGAUCCUAUUGAAAUUGUUACCAGGUCACCUCCUUCAAUGGAAUUAUCAUGUGUUAUAUGUUGGACAGAAUUUAGUUCAACUAGAGGGGUUUUGCAAUGCGGACAUCGUUUUUGUUAUUCUUGCAUCCAAAACUGGGCUGAUCAUAUGGUUUCGAGAGGAAAAAUUUCAACUUGUCCCUUGUGCAAGGCAAGUUUUGUAAGCAUCACAAAGGUGGAGGAUGCAGCAACCUUCGAUCAGAAAAUUUACUCUCAAACUAUUCCUUGCCCCUCUUGGAAGAAGGAUAUUAUUAUCCUUACUGAUCAAGAAAGACAGCGUUCUGAUGCUCUGUUUGUAGUAAAUGCCUUUAUCGGGAACCUGAAGAGCUCCUCAUCAAAUGUCAUCUUUGCGAGCUUCGUAGCAUCCAUUCCUAUUGUCUGGACCCUCCUUUAUUUCCAUGGUCAUGCAUCCAUUGCAGGGAUCUUCGGACGCUUUACCAUCGUGCUUACUAAUAUAUGCAUAUGGUAAUUUGAUGUGAUUUCAGAGAUAUGCGAGGAUAUCUUGUUACUACAUACAGCAGAGCAACAUUUUGGCUGCUAGACAAACUGUAUUUCGUUGUUUAAAUUUUUUGGGGCUAAACUGUAAUAGCCAUACAGAUACUGUUUUUGGAACCGGAAACAUAUUUUAGCCUUCUGUUCCCACCUAUGCCAGAUUUCAGCACAUUUGUUCUUAUUGAACGAAUACAGUGGAUAUAAUCAACUACAAGGAUCUGCACAUUCUAUAUCAAGGUCCCAUCAGAUUAGUAGCAUUUUCGCCUGAACCUUUCUUGGCAGGAGUUCUGGAUCUCGUGGACAAUCUUUGCUCUGAGAUAUUUAGAUGCACAAAUGUGGAUGAUUCACUGUUUCUUGAGGGUAUUAGUGUAUAAAAAUAUAAUCGUUUGAAGGUUUUGAACCUCUGAUAUCCACCAAGGAAGCUUCAUUUUCUAUAGAAGAAAACAAUCGCCACAUCAGGGACCAUUUUUCUUGUCUUCUUUCUCCAGCUUUAUUGCGUGGGGUAUCCGCUUAAAAUAAAGGCAAUUUCAGAGAGGAGCAAACAAAAGAUCUCAGUUUGGGGGGACCAAGUCAGAUUAUUCUUGGUUUGGUCUUCAAUCCAGGGAUAAGGACCAAAAAAAUUGGUCCAAGCUAAUUAUAUACUCGGCUUGGACCACUCAGAAAAAUAAAUAACCUAACUUCCUAAUUGUCACUCUUAGUCUCUCACUUUCAACUCCUCUCGGACUUCCCACUCACCCUCUCUUCUUCGGCUUUCCUCAUGGGCCACAACUUAGUCCUCAUUCACAUGCAGCACCACUCCCAACUUUUCUCGCACUCGCCUCUCACCUCUCCUCUCCGGCUCAGUCCUCACGCAACACCUCUCCAGGCUUUAGCUCAUCUCCAGCUCUCUUCAUGGUUUAGUGAUUGUUUGAACCCUCAGUCAUGCAACACCUCUCCAACUCUCGUGGCUCACUUAUCCUUUCCUCAUGCACACCUCAAGUUCAAGUGACUUUGGUGACUCACGGGCCACGAUUAAUACGUACCACUUGGUUAUUUUUCUAGAUUUCCUUACAUACUGACCGCUUUAUUUGCAAUCAAAGCUUUCUAAAAAUGUAGAAUUGAUUCUUCAUUUGCUUUAGCUGUGAAAGGUGUAGAAAUUGAUUUUGGCUAGAGGUGUAGAUAUUGAUUAUGCUAAUUUUUUUAUGGUUUAGAUUUAGUCUCUGUGCAAUGCCUGUAAAUAGCGAGCAUUUAAGUACACCAUCAUUUCCUCCAAAUUUUAUUUUUUCUUAAAAAAAAGACAGAUUUCUGACAAAAAUUGAUAAGAUCCAGAAAAUUAAGAAUAUAAGAAAACGAAGAACUAGAGAACACAAGGAAGGGAAGGUGAUGGUGAUGGUGAUGGUGGGUAUGCAUGAUGUAAUGUAAGUUGGCAUGACAGUAAAAUGAGAAAUUAACUGAGUAAAUUAAGAAAUCUGUUUUGUUGUUUUGUCAUCAACCACUUAUUAUUAACUUUACCCAUUUCAAAAACUCACUCACAUGAAAAUGGGUAUUUAUCUUUUAGGUUAAUUUCAACUUUUUAACUAAAUAGAUUUAUUUUUAUGUAUUUUUUUAAAAAUUAGUUAUGUUGGUCUAUACCUUAUCAAAAGUUCACUUAUAGACCUAAGGAAA